AUGCAAUCCACCAUGCGCAACGUCUUCUUGGACGAAGAAUCGCGCAAGGGAUGGAAGGGACGCAUAGCUGGUCGAGGAUUUGCCAUGGCAACGACCGCGUCUGACAUCAUCUGCCACAGCUGCUACGAGCCGGGGCACAUCAGGAGGAACUGCCCCAAGAUCAAGAACAGGGCGAAGAAGAAAACGAAGCCCGCCGGAGCUACCAAGUGGUGCUCCAAGCACAACACCACGUCUCACUCGGACGAGGAAUGCUACCAGCAAGGAGGAAAGCGCCCGGAAGACACCAAGGACUCAAGUAAAGCAUUCACCGCGUGCUCCAACUGCACUCACUGCUCGUCGGCGUCCAACAAGCACGACUCAAACAAUGAAGUGGCAGUUGUCGACUUCACCCGGGACGAGGACGCCUUUGACAGCGGCUUCAUGUUCGGCACGUGUUCCCGCAUCUCAGGACGCAACUUCGCCGCGAGCUCCACCGGGGUAGGCCUGCUGUCCGCCGCGAGCUCCACCGGGGUAGGCCUGCUGGUAAACACGGGAGCAUCGGAGACCAUGUUGGACAAUCGCCUCAUCCCCGACGGAAACCUCCACGAUUACACCCAGCGAAACUCUCCAAAGAUCGUGGGCGUGGCCGGAGGAAGACAACUCAAAGGCACGGCCACGGGCAUCCUACACUGCACCGUCAAGGACAAUCGAGGACAGCAAUUGCGCGUGCGGAUUCAGGGAUUCAUCGUUCCGGGACUUGGUCGCAACAUUUUUUCGCCCACCUCCCUCCUGAAAAAGGGAUUGCGCUGCGUCGUCGAAGAGAGCACUCCGCACCUUACUUUCCAAGGCAAGGUGAUUCCACUCACACAAGAUCCGCGAGACCAAGGCAUGUGCACCCUCGACAUCACGUUCGAGCAGAACGUCCAGCCAUCUGGCACGAAAUCCCUCGUGCCCCACCAGAAGCAGUCACAGACCCACACGGCGAACGCCGUCUGCUUUACGCUAGUGAGCGCGGACACCUGGCACAGGAGGCUUGGACAUCUCAAUGCUCGGAGCCUGGACAUCCUUCGGAAGGACACGGGUACCGGGGUGGACUAUCGCGACAGUCUCUCCCCUUGCGGGGUCUGCCAGAUCGCGAAACACAAGCAGUCCCCCCACCCGAAGCAAUCGACUCGCGAACUAUCACGGCCUGGGCAGCUUGUGGUCAUCGGCAACAUGGGGCCUGUGAAUCCACCUGCGAAAUAUAAAGGAGGCUCCUUCCCGUACGUGCGCAAGAUCACCGACGACUACACGAAGAUGAAAAAAGUGUACCUGCUUCGCAAGAAAUCUGACACCACCGAGGCGGUGCACACGUACAACAUGUGCGUCGUAGCGGCAGGAGGCUACCGGAUCGAGACUAUCCGCUGCGACAAGGGAGGCGAGAACACCGGAUGGAUCCGAAUUUCGGGACUACUGCAAGAAUUCAGCUAUAUCAAGCUCGAAUUCGCCGCCACCAACACCCCUCAACAAGUUGGUGUAUCGGAACGGGACGGACAAACCCUGGCCGGAGUCAUCCGGUGUCUUCUGAAGGAUGGAUAUUUUCCGCCGUCCAUGUGUGGGGAGUUAAUGCUGCCUGCAGCAUACCUGUUGAACAGGUCCCCACACUCAGCACUGGGAGGAGCUNUAGCGGCAGGAGGCUACCGGAUCGAGACUAUCCGCUGCGACAAGGGAGGCGAGAACACCGGAUGGAUCCGAAUUUCGGGACUACUGCAAGAAUUCAGCUAUAUCAAGCUCGAAUUCGCCGCCACCAACACCCCUCAACAAGUUGGUGUAUCGGAACGGGACGGACAAACCCUGGCCGGAGUCAUCCGGUGUCUUCUGAAGGAUGGAUAUUUUCCGCCGUCCAUGUGUGGGGAGUUAAUGCUGCCUGCAGCAUACCUGUUGAACAGGUCCCCACACUCAGCACUGGGAGGAGCUACGCCAUACUCGAAGUUGCACAAUAAGUCACCUGAUCUCUCGGGACUUCGGGUUAUUAGAGCGCGCGCCUUCGUACACCACGAGAAAUACCGAAAGAAGCUGGACGACAGAGCUUUCGAAGCCAAGCUAUGUGGUUUCGGCCUCGACAGCCAGACCUACCGGGUAUUGAAUCCAUCCAACGGGGCCGUGGUCGAGAGCCGGAAUGUGACUUUCAUCGAAUCUCCACCCCGCUCAGUGCCCUUCCAGUAUUCCACUGAAGCAAACGGAACGAACUCCUUCGGCAAGAAGUCCGGAAGAUGCAGCAAGACAAUCUCUCUCGGGAGAAGCUUCUCCUAG